UUUUUUCUUUUCUUUUUUUUUUACUUAAUUAUUUCAUAAUGCGUAUUUAUGCUAUUCCUAUUGUCAAAAACCGUUGGGCAUAUUAUUGCCACUCAACUGUUCCUGCAGUUUCACGUUUAGCAAAAGCAGUUGAGUGGUCAAGCAAAAAAUGGGACCAGCUGGAAAAAGCAGAGCCUACUAGUUGGAAGAAGAAACUUUAUGUACGCGGUACCAAUAUCAUGAAUCAACUGGACUAUCAAGAAUGGUUCUUUAAGAGUGUCCCAGCCAAAGAAGACAUCGAGAAACCUCUUAACAAAGUAUUGAUCCAUCACCCUUCCCUAUUAAAUGAUGCUGCACUUGACAAUGAAUUGAAACUGUUGCUAAAAGAGAGAAUUCCUUAUCAUAAGAAAUACAUGUGGUAUUCUGCUUAUUGGGUUCCUUUAGCAUGUACAUUUGCUAUUGUACCCCUUGUGCCCAAUAUACCUCUGGCUUACAACUUGUUUCGAUUAUACAGUCACUACAAGGCUUACAAAGGUGCUGAACAUUUGCAAUCUUUAUCCGACUAUGGCAACUUGCGUUGUGAGAACGAUGAGCGAUUGAAUGCUAUUUUUGAUCAACUCAGUUUGAUGGACGAUGAUAAACUAGUGUUUCCAUCUGAAAUCCAGCAUGCUUUCAAAGAAUCACGCAAGAAGCCUAAUUUGAUCAGUCUGGAACAGGAUUUGGAAGGCGUUUUAAAUGCCAAAGAGAUCAAAAGACUAGUAGAGACAUUACAAGUGCCAGGUUUAGAAAUGGAAUUAAAUCGAGCUCGUCUGCAGAUACUGAAAUUAAUAGCAAAAGAAAGAUUUCAACAACAAUUAUAGAAUGUAAAUAUGAUAUAGAAACGAUGGCUAAUAAUAAAGGAACAUGGAUAUACGCCUUUUGCCAAGAAGAUGUCUAA